AUGAAGAAGCGGGUCGUCAUCAUCGGAGCAGGCACCGCGGGCCUUGCUCUUGGUCAUGCGUUGAAAAAGUCAAAGGCCGACCUGAGUUUCGCCAUUUACGAGCGCUGCCGUACCCGCACAGACGGACUCUUUGGAUAUCGAGUGGGCAUAUCGCCCGAAGGCUCCCGAUGCUUGGCAUCCUGUCUACCGGAUGACCUGUUUGAGGUGUUCACAAAGACGACUGCGCGCCCCCCAGACUCCUUCAACAUCAUUACCGAGCAGUAUCGGGAGCUGUUGAGCAUCCAAGGUUUCAGCAAGGUGUCGGAUGAUGGAAUCGGAGCGGAACGCUCAGUCAGCCGCAUGACGCUGAGACAAGUCCUCCUCACCGGCUUGGAGGACGUCGUGCAGUUUGACAAGCACUUUACCCAUUAUACCACCAGCGACAAUGGCGCAGUCACUGCUCACUUCAGAGACGGCACCAGCGACACGGCGGACCUGUUGGUAGGAGCAGAGGGCACCAACUCACCCACCCGAAAGCAGCAUCUUCCCCAUGCCCUGCUUAGGGACUCUGGAAUUUACGGCAUCGCCGCCAAGGUUGAGCUCAACCGAGAGACCAAAGGCUUGCUACCUGCAAAAGCACUGAGAGGCGUCACCAUGAUCAACGCUCCCAGGGGAGAUAACUUUGUCGUGCAUGUCAUGGAAUUCCCCUGGGACCAAACCGGAAGAUUCAAGAACAACAUAGGUGGCAAUGACGAACAGGUCCUCAAAAUCUGGCCGGGCUUCAACUUCGACAACACCCGAGACUACAUCCUCCUUGGGUUCGGAGCCCACGAGAAAACGCUCCCCAACGACAUCAUGUCUCUUGGUGGGCCGGCGCUGCACUCGCUGCUCUUGGAACGCUCCUCGGCCUGGCAUCCCAACCUCCACAGGCUCUUCCAACUGUCGGAUCCAUCGACGUGCUUUCCCAUCAAUGUUCGUACGACGGAACGUCUCCACCCCUGGGGAAGCACAAACGUCACUCUCAUCGGAGACUCGAUUCACACCAUGACACCGGGAUUGGGUCUUGGUGCCAACACUGCUCUUCUUGACGCAAAGAUUCUGGCCAAGAACCUUGCCAAGGUUGGCCAGGGAGAUUGGGACGUGGUGUCUGCAGUGGAUGAUUACGAGAAGCAGAUGCAUUCAUACGCCUGGGAGAGGGUGGAAAAGUCGUUGGAAAGGUUCAACAAGGACGAUGCCGUGUACAAGGAGGGGUGA